CUAACUGGUACCAGGUGAUACCUUUGAUUUCGACAAUAGCUCUCUCUUUCCUAUGGGAAUUCGAAAGCUCUGCAACAUCCUCAGGUUCUUCUCAACUCCUAACUCCGCCUUUCUCUUCUCUCACUUCUUCCACAACACCCCACUUCCCCACAUGCCAAGUUCCUUCCUUUUUUCAAUUGGGGGUUCCUCUCUUUUCUCCCCCAAACACCCUUUUGCGAGUUCUUCCACUUUUCACUCUUAUAUUGAUGUUGGACACUCGUGCUUCAUGUUUGGUUCGCAUGUCCAUGUUCCUAGGUAUGUUUGCACGUAUACGAAUACACCUUACUGGGGUAGUCCGCAUGUUGCUUCAGAGCAAGUUUCUCAAAUCAUUGCAUUGAUUCGUGAGGAUGUUGAUGAUUUGGGGGCUAAGUUGAAUACGAUGAAUGUGUCUUUGUCUGAGGCAUCAGUUAUUAACAUUUUUCAGAAAUUAUCAAGUGAGAGAGUGUCAGCAUUGAGGUUCUUUGAUUGGCUUAAAUGUUCAAAUCCUAAACUUUGUUGUGAUCCUGAUAUAGGUAGCUUAUUUGUUAAUAACUGUGGGCUAUUGGGAAAUUAUGAGGCAACGGUCCCCAUUUUGUGUGAGUUUAAUCUUAACGGGGUGUUUUUGGGAAUGAAGGCUUUUGGGUUCUUGCUGGAUUUUGAUUUGGACAAGGCUUCUACCAUGGAAUGUGUAAGGAAAGUUAUGGAUGUGUUCAAUGAGGUUGGUGGGGUGUAUCAAAGUUGUGGAGUUCCGUUGUUGAUUGAGAUGUUUGGUGUUUCGGGUUCUUUUGAGAUAGCUGAGUUUGUGAUAAGAAUAGCUGGGAGGAAGGUGAAGCAUUAUCAUGUAUUGAUGAGGAUAAUGUGCAAGAAAGGUGAUUGUGAAAGAGUAGGAGAUUUGGUGAAGGAGAUGAAGAGAAGUGGUUGUGAUGUGAACGGGAGUACUUAUAAUUUGUUGCUCAGCUGUUUAUGCAAGAAUGGUAAGAUUGAUGAAGCUUGCCACGUAUUUGAAACUAUGGAAAAAGACUCUGUUUUACUCGAUGUGCAUACCUUUGAUAUUGUUAUUAACUUUUUAUGUAAACGUCACCAAUUUGAUUUAGUGUUGAAACUUCUUGAGAAAAUGAAUUUGAAGGGUAUUGAACCUAGGAUUUUAACUCAUGCUGCAGUAAUCAAGUCCUAUUUUGAAUCAGGAAGAUAUGAGGAAGCACAUAAGUAUGUGAUUGGUUCUGCAGGUAAGCUGAGCUAUUCCAGCAAUGCAAACUACAGCUUACUUGCUACCCUUCAUUUGAAGAAUGGAAAUGUGCUGUUUGCCCAUAAGGUUCUUUCUGAGAUGAUGGACAAGGGUCUUAAACCUAAUUUUUCGGUGUACAUGAAGGUAAGGAAGUGUCUUGAGAAGGGAUAUGGAAAAGAUUUGUCUUUGGAAUUACUAAGAAGAUACUCAAGCUUGAUUGAAUAGUGAGGAAAGAUGCUGGACUUUGUGUAACAAGAUGCUGUAAUUUCUAUGUGGGUCAGGGUGAGGAUAUCCAUGGGUUAGCCUGACCCCAAAAAAACACAAUUUCUAUUUUCUGAUGUUGUCUCCUUGCGAUUGGAGUGACGCACAAUUGGUGAGAAAAGAAGAAUCCUACUUUCCAUCCCUUUGUGAUUGCUGCAGCAAUUUUGAUUUCUGAAGUAUCUGUGAGACGUCUCUUUUGCUGCUUCUAUUUUCUGAAUUGGGCACGUAAUCAUUCCGACGACCCAGAGAUAGAAUCUGUCCAGCUAAGAGGAGAGGACC